GCGCGCGCUUCAGAGAAACUUUGGUCUCACGGGACAUGAUCAGCUUGCAUGAGACGUAUCGCCCCGGGCUACCCGGGGGCUUUCUCCAUUGAUCUUCUACGCCGCCAAGCGGACAACAAUACUGUUCACGCUCCAUUUGGUUUAAUAUACAGACAUAAGGGAAGUCGCGGGAUUCCGCCACUGUGUGUGUGCUCCAACUGGCAUCUGCAAGGGAUGGCCACCGGAUGAUGAAGUGGGCUAACAUGAAUCCCCGGUUUGUCGCCGCUGUCUAUUCGCUGUUUACUUUCUCCAUAUUGGGAUCUCUGUGCAGCGACGCUUCCUCGUUUAUCCAGCCGUUCAAUGACUGCAUUCACAGCAGAGGGAAGACCGGAUUCUACCAGGGCUCCGUGGAUGUUACCGAGUCUGGAGGAAAAUGCAUGAACUGGAGCGAGGUACCCGGAGUUAUCAGUCGGUAUCCGGGCAAAGGUCUUGGGGACCACACUUUCUGCCGGAACCCAGACGGCAGAAUCCGACCAUGGUGCUUCUUCAGAAACGACAGAGGAAGAAUAGACUGGGGCUACUGCGAUUGUAAACAAGGCUCAGUGCGUCUGCAGGGAGGCAGGUCUCGUCUGGAGGGUGCAGUGGAGGUGUAUCUGAAUGGAGUGUGGGGUUCCAUCUGCAGCAACAGCUGGGAUGACCGGGAUGCAUCCGUGGUCUGCAAACAGCUGGGCCAGGGCUUGAAGGGGAUGGCACGAGCGAGUGCUCUCUCACGGCUGGGCUUCUCCGCGGUGCACUGGCAGGUGGUGGAAUGUUCCGGAGAGGAAGGGGAUCUUCUGGAGUGCCCAAAGACCGUGUGGAACGGCGGCCAGUGCGGUCAGAAACAGGCUGCAGCGGUCACCUGCAGACCACAGGAGGAGGAUUCCGGGUUUGUGCCCGUGCGUUUGUCUGGCGACAGCUCCCCGUAUGAGGGUCGAGUGGAGGUGUACCACGCCGGGCAGUGGGGCACAGUAUGUGAUGACCAGUGGGACGAUAGCGAUGCAGAAGUGGUGUGCAGACAACUGGGCCUUGGAGGUAUGGCUCGGGCGUGGGUGGGGGCGCACUUUGGGCCAGGCUCUGGGUCCGUGGUGCUGGAUGAGGUGCGCUGUACGGGGAACGAGCUCUCCAUCGAGCAGUGUCCCAAAAACGCCUGGGGGGAGCACAACUGUGCCCACAGUGAAGACGCCGGGGUGUCCUGCACCCCACCCACAGAUGGCUCAGUGCGUCUGGUGGGAGGUGUGGGAGGCUUCGAGGGCCGGCUGGAGGUGCAUUAUGGGGGCAAGUGGGGCACGGUUUGUGAUGACGGCUGGACUGACACAAACUCACAGGUGGUCUGCAGGCAACUAGGCUACAGGUCUGGAGAGAGCGUGUCGUCGGCGAGGUUCGGUGCGUCUGCAGGAGUCAUUCUGCUGGACGACGUGAGCUGCUCAGGGAAGGAGCCGGCCCUGGGUCACUGCACCAAGAGGGAGUGGCUCAGACACGACUGCACGCACACAGAGGACGUGGCCAUCAGCUGUAACCCAGAGCGCACGGGACCUGGAGUGCCCACCAGUUUGCCAAUUCGUCUGGUCGGUGGUGAGAAUGUGUAUGAGGGGCGGGUGGAGAUCUUGGUGGGCAGCCAGUGGGGAACCAUCUGUGAUGACGGCUGGACAGACAGAGACGCUGAGGUGGUGUGCAGGCAACUUGGGCACAGUGGUCUGGCUAAGGCUCGCACCAUGGCAUACUUUGGUGAAGGCGAAGGCCCCAUCCAUGUGGACAACAUCAAAUGUACGGGGGUGGAGAGAUCUCUGGCUGACUGCAUCAAGCAGCCCUUUGGCAUGCACAACUGUCGCCACAGCGAAGAUGCUGGAGUUAUCUGUAACUAUGGGCAACCGCAUGAGGGAGUGCUGUCGGAGGUGAAGGAGUCUGCAGCUGCAGUGUGUGGUCUCCGGCCAGCCCAUACGCGCCAGAAGAGGAUCAUUGGAGGCCAGAACUCCUUAAGGGGGGGCUGGCCGUGGCAGGCUGCUAUCCGUUUGCGUGGCUCUCAGUCAGAUGGACGCCUCGUCUGUGGAGCUACUCUCAUCAACAGCUGCUGGGCGCUGACCGCUGCACACUGUUUUAAGAGGUAUGGAAACAGCAGCAGGCUGUAUAAGGUGCGUGUUGGGGACUAUCACACGCUGGUGCCUGAAGAGUUUGAAGAAGAGUACGCCGUGGACAAGAUCGUCCUGCACGGCCGCUACCGCUCCCACGGCAACGACUAUGACCUGGCGCUGGUGCGGAUGUCUGGCCGGGGGGGCGGAGCCUGCGUGUCACUCAGCCACCGUGUGCUGCCCGUGUGCCUGCCCGCGCGGAGAGAGAAGGCGCCCAGGGGGUCCGGCACGUGUUACAUCACCGGCUGGGGAGACACAGGUCGGGCGUACUCCAAGACCCUGCAGCAGGCAGCCAUCUCGGUGCUCGGUAAGCAUGAGUGUGAGCUCCACUUCGCCGGAACCUUCAACAAACGAAUGCUGUGUGCCGGGGCCUCGCCCGAUGAACAUCGCCGCGUGGACAGUUGCCGUGGAGAUAGCGGAGGGCCACUGGUGUGCGAGCGGCCAGCAGGGGGAGGAUGGGUCAUCUACGGCGUGACAUCGUGGGGUCACGCAUGCCGUCUCCACGACUCGCCCGGUGUCUACACCAAAGUCUCCGCCUUCCUGCCCUGGAUCAAGAAGGUCACUGGCCAGUAGGACGGUCCGGAGACCACAGGCCACACCAGGCCAAUGAGACACUUUUCUGUCCAUCGUUCAGAUGCCCUGAUGUCUCAGUGAUAUGUUUGUCUGAUACAGUGACCUAUUUGAGUAGAAAUGUGUGUAUGUGUAUGGUGUGUGUGUGUGUGUGUGUGUGUGUGUAUUGCAGUGAUGCCUGUCACUGAUACGUGUCUUUUAGCACUUCCUGGUUGUAAGGGACCACAAGGGCUUCAUGGCAGAUGACCCACUCCCUCCCUUAUUGUACCUCGGCCAGCAUCCCUGACCUCUCGGACGAGGACGAGGUCUCAGAGGUGCAGCACACACUUGACAGGGUAGCGGCGGUCCUGAAGCUUAGCCUUACGUACAUGUUCUAGACGUCUUCAGUCAGACUAAACUGGAGAGUUCUCUCCACAGCACUAAAAGCCACUAAGUACACAAACAAAGACAGUCUUAAUGCUUACAAAGUCAAACAAUUGCACUAAAAGCCUCAGUGUCUGACCAGUAACGUCUCCAGCUAGUGGGACAUUGACCUUAGAACAUUGUAAUAACUGGAUACCUCUCUUAUGAAGCUUCAUUAACCCGGAAUUAAAAUGUGUUUGUUAUCAUGUGUAAUGUGUAGAACUACCUGUAUUAUUUUGUAAUGAAUUGAGUUUUUCCAUCUAGCCUGUCCUAGACAUACAGUAGGAUGUUUAUUCUUAGACAUGUCAAAUAUGUUCACCUCCAUAGCGUUUCCUCCAUGGCGUUUCCAUAAACUGUCGCCAAACCAGUGGCUUUUUCAUUUACAAGUGGAGCAGUGCGUCCCACUGAGCUUCACCUCCCCCUGUAAUAAGUAAUAAAGGUAAUUUCCUUUAUAAAUCUUUAUAAGUCUGUCUUAUACAAGUGGACAUCUUUUCCCACUGAGAUGCAAUGGAAAUGGUUUAAGUUGACUAUAAUUAUAACACAUCUCUGUUGUAAGCUAUAUGUCUGAGCAUGGAAGGGAGUGAAGAAGAGUUCACCUCCACCACCAUGACCUGUUUUGUAUCUGGUGAUAUGUUAUCCUGGAUCUGUUUUCCUG